AUGUCCACGCCCACGAUUAUUGCAACGGAAAAUUUAGCUGAAGAAAUGGAAAGCUGGGGUCUUCACCAUGCAACAUACUGGAGUAGUGAUCUAAACUCAUGGGGAAGUGUGAGCGACUGGGACGUUUAUUUUAUCGACAAGACUCCUGGGUGUACUAAAGACGAAGCACAUCGGUCCCUGAGUCUUGAACUUAAUAUCCUUCUUAAGAAACUAUCAGACAGAAGUCGAUAUUAUUCCAAGGCAAGCGCCUUGAAAAAGGCUUUGGAGAACUCUGAUAACGAUUCCGCAAAUAUUUUAUUAUGGAAAAAGCAUCUCAAAGAAUUAGAAUCGAUAGCUAUUUCGGAUCGGGUACAUAGAGUAUGUAUUGUUUUUGAUCUUACCAAGCAAGAAAUUGGGCGAGCCGAAGAGCAGAUAUCAGAGAAAUCAAAAAAACAUAAAGCUAGCACGAAAGAAUGUGAGAUAUCAUCUAGUUCUUCCAGAAGUAAAUCUUUCAAUGUUGAUAGCAAGUCAAAAAGAAAUAAAGAUGAUGAAAAGGCAAAGAGAAAAUAG